AUGAAGGGCUCCAUCUGGGCUUUCUUCUUAUUGUCAGCCCUGGUGGCCAUCUCUGGGGUGAGAGGCAAGGAGGUGCUGAAGGUCUGUGGGCGAGAUUUCAUUCGGGCUAUUGUCUACACCUGUGGCAGCUCUCGUUGGAAGAGGGAUGUGCAGGGGGCUCUUGAAGAUGGAGUGGAGGGGAAAAAAUACUUUGAGGCGCCAAACAAAAAUGGAGCUUCCAGUGACAUCAUGGACCUCUUGUACAUCGAGUCCCCUGAUGAUGAAAUCCUCAUGCAGAAGCACCAAACAGUGGGUGCUGAGCAACAAAAGAGGCAUGCUGAGGCUGUUGAUCUGGCCACUUUCUGCUGCCAGACCGGCUGUACUGUGACACAACUGAGCAAGCUGUGUUAG